AUGACUACUUACGGAAGCAAUAUCAGUAGGCGAAAGAGAAAUAUUCCUAAAAUAAAGUUUUGUGUGUGUUUUUUUGACAUAAACAGGAAGCUGGAGAGCCUUGAAGCAUUGAAGAAGACCUUUAAGAAGCUUGAUCAUGAUAUAAACAUACCUGAGUUUUUAGGAGCAAGGAAUCAAACUAUUGAGAGUCUAAGUAACCAAGUGGCCAUUUUCCAAGCUCAGCUUAUGGAGUGUCAUAGGAGGCUAAGUUGUUGGACGAACAUUGAUAGAAUAGAAAACACUGAGCACCUCACUUUAUUGGAAGAAUCAUUGAGGAAAUCUAUUGAAAGAAUCCAGUUUCACAAGGAACAUCACGGAAAGAACCAGCUUUUGCCAAUCGAAUGUACAACAACACAGUUUCACAGCGGGAUAUUGCCUUUGGCGAUGGGAGAUAAUAAUAGUAUGCAAGAAGCUCACUCCAUGUCUUGGCUUCCUGAUAAAGAUAACCAGCAAACAAUAUUACCUGGUGAUUCCAGCUUUAUUCCUCAUAGAGAGAUGGAUGGUUCGAUUCCGGUUUACACAAACUGCUUCUUUGAGUCUGUAAAACAAGAAGAUCAGAAAUGCAUCAACCCUGGACAACAGUUUGAGCUGUUAGGACAACAAGGAAAUGGUUUCUUGGGUUUACAACAAAUUGGGGAGGAAUAUUCGUAUCCUACACCAUUUGGUACUACUCUUGGAAUGGAAGAAGAUCAAGAGAAUGAGAUAAAAACUGAAAUGGCAUUUAAAAACUUGCAACAACAACAAGAUCCUUCAUCAAUGUUUGAUCCAACAGCUAGUAGUAGUAGUUGCUUUCAAAUCCCUCUUGAUCAACCCAUGUUUGCCACUGAUCUUCAUCAUCAUCAUCAAAAUUGGGUUUCAGGUUCAAUGUUUGGUCAAACUUCUUACAACCAGCAACCGAACUAACUCAAGAGAGCGCUCAUGUAUGUAAUCUAUUCUAGGAUGAUGACUGGACUUAUGUCUGAACAAGGACUAGUUUCAGACUUUCAGUCAUUGCUAUAAUGUCCAUAUGUAUAUAUAUAUAUAUAUAUAUAUAUAUAGAGAGAGAGAGAGAGAGAGAGAGAGAGAGAGUGUGUGUCUGUACGUGUAUAAGGUUGUAGUAUGUAUGAGAGCUUGUGAUAUAUAGUUUACUAGAUUCUGACCCGCCCUUAAAAGGGCGGGUAUAUUUUUGUUUUAUAUUUUUUAAAAGUUUUAGUUUUUAUAUUUGUGUUUUUAGUUAUAUCUGUGUUUUUCUUUGUAUAAUAAUUUUUUAGAUAAUUAAUAAUUUUUUUUUAUAACUUUAUUAAAAUAGUUAAACCACACCUAUGAAUAGGUCAUGUUCUUAAUUUAAUAGUAUUUAUUUUAUAUACCAUUAUUGUUAGACUCGUGUAAAAAUCAAAAAGCAAAAAACAGUUUUAACAUAAUUAAUAGAUUCUAACCCGCUCUUUGAAAGGAUGAGUAUAUUUUUUGUUUUAAUUUUUUUUGAAAAACUUAAUAUUUUCUAUUUGAGCUUUUAAUCAUAUUUAUGUUUAAUAUUAAUUUAAUUUAAUAUUUUUAGUAACUAUAUUAAAUAUGUAAAGUUGCAUAACUAUACACUUGCGCCAUACACAUUUCAGAAAUUAUUUUUAAAAUUUAUUUCUAAAGUUUUCAACCAUAUAUAUGGUUAAUAUGGUCUUCACUAACUUGAAGUAAGAUCAUAUUUAAUAUAAAAAAAUUAAUUGAACAACCUAUUGUACUAAAUGAGUUUAUAUGAAUAUUUAUUUCAAUUAAAAAUUCACUAAACCCCGUUAAACUGUAUUUUAACAUCACGUGUUUUGUUAAUCGAUAAACUUAAUGUUUGUGUAGAAUAUUUCAAAUUUGAUUAAAUUAAUGUCUGAUUGUAUAAGUCUCAAUUUUUUGGAUUGAAAUAUAAGUUAUGUGUACUGUAGUGUGAUAAUGAUUUUUGAAAAAUAUAUCAAAGUUUGUUAUAGUUAGAUAUUAUGAUGUAAUAAUCGGUGAAAAUAGUACUUUCCUUGUUCCUAAAAGAUCUAUAUUCUAAAUAAAAAAAUGUUUCAAAAAGAUACAUAUUCUAUAUUUUCAAUGCAAUUUUGUCAACUAAUAAUGAGAAAUUGAAAAACAUUAAUUGUAUUUUUAAAAAUCUUAUUGGUUUAAAAAUAGAAAAAUUAUAAAAUUAUAAAAAACUAUGCACUUAUAGCUAAGUUUUAAUAUGUUUUAUUAAAAAAAUAUGAAAAUACUAAAACAUGGAUCUUUUGGGAACGGAAAGAGUAUAUAUAUUCUCUUUCGUAGUAUUAGGGGUGAAAAUAAAAAGUAAAACUACUAUAAGUGUUUUCGUUUGUAUUUCUUAACAAAUAUAAAGUGUAUAAUUUAAUAAUUACAUUUUAUACUUUUUAACCGAGUUAUGAGAAACAAUUAACAUAUCAUUAUAAAAAGAUAUGUCAAUGAUAUAACUGUAAAGAUACUCCAACUUACGAAGUGUACAAAUAGUCUAUGCAGUUAUUCAGUUUGAUGCCGUUAUAAAAAUAUGGUUCCAUGCAGUUAUAUCACUACAGAUAAUAAUUAUAUUUAAUCAGUUCAAUGCAGUUAAAAAAACAUGGAUCGUUGC